CUCAUUUUAUUAAUCAGACUGUCAAUUUCACCCAAGAGGCCAAACCCAAGAGCAAUCUAAAGCGGGCUCUGAUCAGUCAAGGGACAACAGCUCGCGCCUUCACUUCUCUUCUGUCUCUCCACCUGGAUAUAUUCGUCUGACCGCAGGCCGCCUCCAUCAUCCACUGACAGUCCUCUUGUAUUUAUUUGCUUAUAAACCUGUUACAAUAAAUGAUUAUUCGAGCAGCGUCACUCGCACCUUAAUGACGAGCAACCACUUUUUGAUGAAUGACGUUUCGGACUAGAAAGGAUGCACAGGUCAUUUUGAACACUCAUUCCUUGCUCGCGUUGGCAGUUUGUUUUUUGCGUCCCGCUCAUAAAAGGUGUAGCCUAGUAUUAUUUAGAGAUAGUUCCAGAGUUGAAUGUGAAUUAGCCCCCGGCGCAACUCAUCAGUGGAUCAGAGGACCAGCCGUGGAACUUCGGCUUUUCCUAUAAAGCUUGAUGAUGGAGAGGAUAAGAAAAGAAAUGAUUCUGAUGGAACGGGGGCUGCACAGUCCCGCUGCCGGCAAAAGGCUCGCGAAUUUGUCAGACUCAGCUGGAAAUGCGGUGUUAGAGGCCCUUGAAAAUUCACAACAUAGUGGUCGCCUCAGCCCGAGACUAACUUCCGCCUCUCUGCAUGGUACUCUCGAGGAUAUCCCCACCAAAGGCAAGUUCGAAAUAGACAGUUUGUUCAGUCCGCAUCAUCAUAACAGCGACAAUACCUCCUCAGGCGAGAUCUCGUCUUCGGAAAACAGGAAGAAAAUCAGCCUGUAUCCAGAAGUUUCUCAAGACUCAGACAUGAACAGUGAUGUGGAGGUUGGAUGCCCAGCACACCGCUCUCCCAGCACACUUAGUGCCAACCAACACAAGGAAAACAACAACAAAGGUUUUUCUGACAGUAAUUCAGGAACCUCUAACACAAGCUCAUCCUCUCUGUCCAACCUGAACCUAAACGGUAAUUCUAUAGGAAGCUCAAACAGUUCGAAUGCGGAUCAGGUGAGAAGGUACCGGACAGCAUUUACAAGAGAACAAAUAGGACGCCUGGAGAAAGAGUUUUACAGGGAAAACUAUGUCUCGAGACCAAGAAGAUGUGAAUUGGCCGCGGCUUUAAACCUGCCUGAAACUACAAUAAAGGUGUGGUUCCAAAACAGGCGGAUGAAGGACAAGAGACAGCGUCUGGCGAUGUCUUGGCCACAUCCAGCCGAUCCGAGCUUUUACACCUACAUGAUGACGCACGCGGCUGCCACCGGAAGUCUACCAUACCCUUUCCAUUCCCACAUGCCUCUGCACUAUUACCCCCAUGUGGGUGUCACGGCAGCAGCUGCUGCCGCGGCCGCAUCUGGUGCUGCUGCAUCACCUUUUGCUACCUCCAUCCGUCCCCUAGAUACUUUCCGCGCGCUCUCGCAUCCCUACUCGCGACCGGAGUUACUCUGUAGCUUCAGACACCCAGGACUCUACCAGUCGCCCGCAGGCCUCAACAGUUCGGCCGCAGCAUCAGCAGCGGCGGCGGCGGCGGCGGCGGCUGCAGCUGUCAGUGCGCCUUCGGCCACCGGUCCGUGCUCCUGUCUCAGUUGUCACAGUAGCCAGGCGGCCAGUGCCCUGGGCUCCAGGAGUGCCAACACGGACUUCACUUGUACAGCAGCUGGGCAGAGGUCCGAGAGUGGAUUUUUGCCUUAUUCUGCCGCUGUACUGAGCAAAACUGCGGUUGCUUCGCCAGAUCAGAGAGAGGAGACGUCGCUGAACAGAUAACUUACGGGUGGAUCCAAAAUGUAUCUACGACCUCCUAAGUAGUUAUAUCAUGUUACCUUAUUUCUUGUUGUUAGUUUGUUUAUAUAUUGCUCAAUUAUUUGAAAAUGACCGAGGCCUAUUCCAAAACGCACUAUCCUACUGAUGAAAUUCUGAAAUUAACAGGUUACACAUAGGCUUUGCAGAUACUAAAGCUUAUUUUACAGGACUACUGAACAAGACGUUUACGAUCAGCCAAUGUCAUAAAAUUACCUGCGACUGUACGCAGUAAGCCUUAUUCAUGAUCAUUGAGGUGUACAUCUGACAAAUAAUUUUGCCACAGUUAAUGCAUAACAAAAUUGAUUAUUAUUUUCCAUUUAAAAUGAAGUUUAGCUGUUGUUUUUUGUUUAUUUAUUAGACGGAAUUUGUUUACAUCUUUGAUUAUAAGGUUUUUAGAACUUCCGUUUAUAUUUAAUCGUCUGUAUAGUUCCAUGUAUUCUUGUUUGGAUUUGGAAAAUGGAUUAGAUAUGCCACUUAUUAGAGAAUGUAUAAGGCGAGAAUCUGAUUUAUAAUGGAUUUGUCACUUUUGCGUCGAUAGAACUACAACAACUGCUACAUAAUGAUCUUGCUCUAAAACUGGUAGCCUACUGCUCAAGGGACAUCCCAGAACUCUGAGUAAGACACAUGAAAUUCUGUACUCCUUCCACCAUGUCAAUGCUGAUGUUAAUAAUGUGAAGAUUAUGACGAAAAUUGCCAAUCAUGUACCUUGAUGGACCUCCUUUGAAUGUGGAAUGGGAAGAAAGUUCCCUGUUCUGAGACGCGCUGUCAACUGCUAACAACCCGCUAAGGGAAGUCAUUAGACGUGACCGAUGUAAGACUAGGUACAUAAACCAUUGUUCUGGGUGCAUAUUGUACAGUAUUAAAUGUGGUAUUCGUUACCUGAGGUGAUUUUUUCACUGAAAAAGCUUCAUCCUUAUAGUCUCCUAUUUUCGUUUUGGUAACUUGGACAUCCUGGGUAUACUUCUCUCCCUGUUAUGCUGAUGUUCCACUGGUACCAACAACCUCAUUAAAUCAAACCCGAUCUUUCCAUAAUGCUCCCUACAGAGUCACUUCACUCUACACAUAAUGGGAUUAUCUGAACCAGCCGAAACUUCAAAUAAAUUGCCCUCGUAUUUUUCUGUCUGGACAGAAAUUCUUACAUCAUUGUAUCACAUUUUCGUCCAUAAAACUACUGGAAUUUACUUCGUUGAAAACAACAUUCGUUGUAAAUAGUAAAUGGUAAAAUAUUUUGUCAUAUCAUGUAUAGUCUCGUUAAACAUAGGUUAAAACCAAAAUCUUUACCGCUGUGAGAAACGCUCGAUAACUAGUUCAUGGCAACUUUAUAUUUUUAUAAUUUCUGUGACUGACUGAAUGUUUAUUUGGUAUACAUUUAACAUAAUAAAUGGCAAUAUUUGAUAACAGCCCGCCAUUAUUAUGCUCCAUGAACGCUAAAAAUAUGUGUAUUGUUCUAAAAUAUUGAAAAAUGUCAAAUAAUUACGAUUUGCAAAGAAACCAAAUUAUCGACAUAUAUUGUAUAUAGUGGACAGUUUGCGUUAUUAUUAGGCCCUUCAUAUAAUUUUAGGAGGAUGAUUACACUGAACAUAGCUUUGAAGGGUUUGGUGAACUAUCAACGAGAAUGUCGGUUUCAGAAAUAAAAAAUAACCUGUGUUUUCCAUUUGUCCCCUGGGUCGAUGUGGUAUAUGAAUCUGUAAAAUCAUUCAAUGCAUUUCGAAUAUGGCCGGAUGUAUGAACGAACUGUAAAAUAUUUUAACUUGAACAAAUGUGCAAUAUAAAAAUAUUUGUAUAUUAUGUUAUUUAUUGAUGGUGUUUGUUCAUGGAAAAUAAAUAUUCAAA